UGUACUGUACCCUCCUAUGCGUUCCAAUUCUGUCGGUGACGAAGUUUAUUGAACGGAAAUCGGAAUUUGUUUAUUAUUAUUAUUAUUAUAUACGAUUUUGUUUUGCCGAUAUUGAAUGCGUUUGUGUGACCGGUUUGGAUAUUGUGAAAUGACAAUUUGUGUUUGAACAUUUUGAAGCCCAAACACUCGUAAGCGGCGCACGGCCAACGAGACAAACUCAAAAUGGAUCCAUUAAUACCAAAAGAGGUGAAAAUCCUCGAAACAGCUGACGAUAUUCAAAAUCGGCGUUUGCAAGUGCUUGGUCGUUACAGCGAAUUCAAAGCUGAAGCUCGUUUGAAAAGAGAAAAACUUGAAGAUUCCAGAAGGUUCCAAUAUUUCAAACGAGAUGCAGAUGAACUUGAAUCUUGGAUACUUGAGAAAACGCAAGCCGCAUCGGAUGAGAGCUACAAAGAUCCUACAAACUUACAGGCGAAAAUACAAAAACAUCAAGCUUUUGAAGCAGAGGUAGCAGCACACAGUAACGCUAUUGUAGUGUUAGAUAAUACUGGAAUGGGAAUGAUUAAUCAAAAUCACUUUGCUUCUUCGGAAAUUAGACAGAGACUCGAACAAUUACACAAGGAUUGGGAUUUGCUUUUGUCAAAAUUGGCUGAAAAAGGAGUAAAAUUGCAACAAGCUCUUGUUUUGGUUCAAUUUUUGAGACAAUGUGAUGAAGUGAUGUUUUGGAUUAACGAUAAGGAAACUUUUGUGACUACUGAUGAAUUUGGCGCUGAUUUGGAACAUGUAGAAGUAUUGCAACGUAAAUUUGAUGAAUUUCAAAAGGACAUGACAUCACAAGAGUAUCGUGUAACUGAAGUAAAUGAUUUAGCAUCCAAAUUAGUAUUGGAAGGACAUCCUGAAAGAGAAACUAUUCUAAAGAAAAAAGAAGAAUUAAAUGAGGCAUGGACUAGGCUUAAACAGUUAACAUUAAUGAGACAAGAACGAUUGUUUGGAGCUCAUGAGAUCCAACGUUUCAAUCGUGAUGCUGAUGAAACAGUUGCUUGGAUAUCUGAAAAAGAUGGAAUAUUGUCUUCUGAAGAUUACGGAAGAGACCUGGCUAGUGUUCAAACGCUUCAGAGGAAGCACGAAGGAGUCGAGAGAGAUCUUGCAGCAUUAGAAGAUAAAGUAUCUAUUUUGGGACAAGAAGCCGAUCGUUUGUGUGGAAUUCAUGCUGACCAUAGUUCGCAAAUACAAAAUAAACGCGGUGAAAUCGUGGCUUACUGGGAGCAUCUUACUGCCAAAGCAAAAGAACGUAGACAAAAAUUGGAUGAAUCACACUUACUCCAGCGGUUCUUGGCCGAUUAUCGGGACUUGACUUCUUGGAUAAAUGACAUGAAAGCUAUAAUCUAUUCAGAUGAAUUAGCUAAGGAUGUGGCUGGUGCCGAAGCUUUAUUAGAACGACACCAAGAGCACAAGGGAGAAAUCGAUGCUCGAGAAGAUAGUUUCCGAUUGACAAUGGAGUCGGGCCAACAUAUUUUGAAGGGUGAAAAUGUUCCAUCCUUGGUGAAUGAAAAUUUGGGCAAUUUAACUAGCGAAAAAAGUUCAUUACUUGCGUUAUGGGAAGAACGUCGCGUACUCUAUGAACAGUGUAUGGAUUUGCAAUUAUUUUACCGCGACACAGAGCAAGCUGACACAUGGAUGGCUAAACAAGAGGCCUUCUUGUCCAAUGAAGAUCUGGGUGACUCGUUGGAUAGCGUUGAAGCUCUAAUUAAGAAACAUGAAGAUUUCGAAAAAUCAUUGGCUGCCCAAGAAGAAAAAAUUAAAGCUCUCGAUGAAUUUGCUACAAAAUUAAUUGAAGGACAGCACUACGCCACUGAAGACGUUGCACAACGCCGAGAAUCUCUUUUGGAAAGACGUACAGCAUUACUCGAAAAAUCAUCGCAAAGACGUAGUGUACUCGAAGACUCGUAUAGACUUCAACAAUUUGAAAGAGAUUGUGAUGAAACUAAAGGAUGGAUAAACGAAAAACUUAAAUUCGCCAAUGAUGACAGUUAUCUUGAUCCAACUAAUCUGAACGGAAAGGUACAAAAACAUCAAAACUUUGAACAAGAACUUAAUGCUAACAAGUCUCGCAUGGAAGAAAUCACCUCUACUGGCCAUGAACUCACUGAAGCCAAACACUAUGCAUUGAAUCGUAUUCAAACAAGAAUGGAUGAAAUUGUUCAUCUUUGGGAAAAUUUGGUAACUGCCUCUGGACAUAAAGGAUCUAAAUUACUUGAAGCUGCUCAGCAACAACAGUUUAAUCGUACAGUUGAAGAUAUUGAAUUGUGGUUGUCUGAACUCGAAGGACAAUUGCUUAGUGAAGACUAUGGAAAAGAUUUAACGAGUGUUCAGAAUUUGCAAAAGAAACAUACUCUGUUGGAGGCUGAUGUAGCUUCACAUCAAGACAGAAUUGAAGGUGUGAAAAUUACGGCUGAUCAGUUUGUCGAUGGAGGUCAUUUUGAUGCCAACAAUAUACGCUCUAAACAGGCGGCGUUGUGUGAUCGCUAUUCAUCAUUGAAACGUCCAAUGGAAACUCGUAGACAACGUUUAGCUGACUCGCUGCUUGCACAGCAAUUAUUCAGAGACAUUGAAGACGAAGAAGCUUGGAUUCGUGAAAAAGAGCCAGUUGCAGCGUCAACCAAUCGAGGACGUGAUUUGAUCGGUGUACAAAACUUGAUGAAGAAACACCAAGCAGUUGUAGCUGAAAUCAAUAACCAUGAAUCCCGCAUUGUUAGUGUAACUCAGUCGGGUCAAAAAAUGGUCGAUGACAAACAUUUUGCCACUGACGACAUCAAACAACGUUUGGCUAAUCUAAACAAACAUUGGAAUCAUCUCAAAGACAAAGCACUCCAGCGUAAACAAGACUUGGAAGAUUCUCUUCAAGCGCAUCAGUAUUUUGCUGACGCUAACGAAGCCGAAUCAUGGGUAAAGGAAAAGGAACCAAUGGUUUUAAGUCAAGAUUACGGAAGAGAUGAAGAUUCGUCCGAAGCGUUGUUAAAAAAGCACGAAGCAUUGUUGUCAGAUCUGGAAGCAUUUAAAACAACAAUUGAAUCACUUUCUGAACAAGCUGCUGUUUGUCGGCAACAAGAAACUCCUGUUGUUGAUGUAAGUGGAAAAGAAUGUGUUAUGGCUCUGUUCGAUUACACUGAAAAGUCUCCGAGAGAAGUUUCGAUGAAGAAAGGCGAUGUUUUGAUUUUGUUAAAUUCCAAUAAUAAGGAAUGGUGGAAGGUUGAAGUGAACGAUCGCCAAGGAUUUGUCCCCGCUCCGUAUGUGAAGCGUCUUGAAGUGACUGGUUUGAGUGCGUCCCAACAACAUUUAGCUUCCGGAGGAUCUAUUGCAGCUAGACAUGCACAAAUUGAAGCUCAGUACACGAGAUUAUUGAACUUGGCUAAAGAACGUCAGACUAAACUUGCAGAGACCGUCAAAGCCUAUGUAUUGGUUAGAGAAGCUGCCGAAUUAGCUACAUGGAUCAAAGACAAGGAAAAUCAUGCGCAAGUGCAAGAUGUCGGUGAAGAUUUGGAACAAGUAGAAGUGAUGCAAAAGAAAUUCGACGACUUCCAAUCAGAUUUGAAGGCCAAUGAAGUGCGUUUAGCUGAAAUGAAUGAAAUCGCUAUGCAACUGAUGAGUUUGGGUCAAACGGAAGCUGCAUUGAAAAUCAAUACACAAAUUCAGGAUUUGAAUGAAAAAUGGACGUCUCUCCAACAACUUACACAAGCAAGAGCUACUCAGUUAGGUUCAGCGCACGAAGUACAAAGAUUCCAUAGGGACGUCGAUGAAACACGUGACUGGAUUCGGGAGAAAGAUGACGCCCUUAACAACGAUGACCUUGGCAAGGAUUUGCGUAGCGUGCAAGCACUGCAACGUAAGCAUGAAGGUCUGGAACGUGAUCUGGCUGCUUUACAAGAUAAGAUACGUCAAUUGGACGAAACUGCCAAUCGCUUGAUGAAUACUCAUCCCGAGUCACGAGACAAUACUUACAUGAAGCAAAGAGAAAUCAAUGAGGAAUGGACACAGUUGACAGCUAAAGCAAAUUCAAGAAAAGAAAAACUUUUGGACUCUUACGAUCUGCAAAGAUUUUUAUCUGACUACCGUGAUUUGAUGUCAUGGAUCAACUCGAUGAUGGGUUUGGUUUCUAGUGAUGAUUUAGCCUCCGAUGUUACCGGUGCCGAGGCAUUGUUGGAACGACACCAGAGUUUGAGAGCAGAAAUAGACUAUCGUUAUGGUAUAGCUCAGGAACAUCGUACAGAAAUUGAUGCUCGCACUGGAACUUUCCAAACAUUUGAAAUGUUUGGACAACAGUUGCUUCAAUCCAAUCAUUAUGCAAGUGUAGAAAUUCAAGAAAAACUGGAAAGUAUGACUGAAGCGAGACAAGAAUUAGAAGAGGCCUGGAUAAAUCGAAGAGUGCAAUUGGAUCAAUGUUUGGAACUGCAAUUGUUCUAUCGUGACUGUGAACAAGCUGAAAACUGGAUGUCUGCUCGUGAAGCAUUCCUUGCAUCGGAGGAAGUUGAUUCCAAAGGAGAUAAUGUAGAAGCGCUGAUUAAAAAACAUGAAGAUUUUGAUAAAGCAAUUAAUGCACAUGAAGAAAAAAUAGCCGCAUUGCAAACAUUAGCCGACCAACUGAUGGCUGCCCAACACUAUGCUGCCACUCCGAUUGACGAAAAGAGACAACAAGUUUUGAACAGAUGGCGUCAUUUGAAGGAAGCUUUAAUUGAAAAGCGAUCCAAACUGGGUGAAUCACAAACUUUGCAACAAUUCAGCAGAGAUGCCGAUGAAAUCGAAAACUGGAUUGCUGAAAAACUUCAAUUGGCCACCGAGGAAAGUUACAAGGACCCCGCUAAUAUUCAGUCCAAGCACCAAAAGCAUCAGGCAUUUGAAGCCGAGCUGGCGGCCAAUGCUGAUCGUAUUCAAAGUGUACUUGGCAUGGGACAAAAUUUGAUCGAUAAGCGUCAAUGUGCCGGAUCUGAAGAACCAGUUCAGUCAAGAUUAGUAUCAAUUGCUGAUCAAUGGGAAUUCUUGACACAAAAAACUACCGAAAAAUCAUUGAAACUCAAAGAAGCAAAUAAACAACGGACAUACAUUGCAGCUGUUAAGGAUUUGGACUUCUGGUUGGGCGAAGUGGAAUCCCUUCUAACUUCAGAAGACUCGGGAAAAGAUUUGGCGUCUGUUCAGAAUCUAAUUAAAAAACAUCAACUAGUUGAAGCUGAUAUCCAAGCUCACGAAGAUCGUAUACGAGAUAUGAACGGACAAGCUGAUUCCUUAAUUGAAAGUGGUCAAUUUGAGGCUGGAAGCAUUCAAGAACGUCGUAGUUCUAUCAAUGAAAGGUACGAGAGGAUCAGAAAUUUGGCAGCACACCGUCAAGCACGUCUAAAUGAAGCCAAUACUCUACAUCAAUUCUUCAGGGACAUUGCAGAUGAGGAAUCUUGGAUAAAAGAGAAAAAGUUGUUAGUGGGCUCUGACGAUUAUGGUCGGGACUUAACUGGCGUUCAAAACUUAAAAAAGAAACACAAGCGUCUUGAAGCAGAAUUGGCGUCCCACGAACCAGCUAUUCAGUCGGUGCAAGAAGCCGGUGAAAAACUGAUGGACGUUUCCAAUUUAGGUGUUCCAGAAAUUGAACAACGAUUGAAAUUGCUGAACCAAGCCUGGGAUGAACUGAAACAAAUGGCGUCGACAAGAGGCAAAAAGUUGGAUGAAUCAUUGACAUAUCAACAGUUCUUGGCUAAAGUUGAAGAAGAAGAAGCAUGGAUCAGUGAAAAACACCAGUUGCUAUCGGUAGAAGACUUUGGUGAUACAAUGGCUGCUGUUCAAGGUCUUUUAAAAAAACACGACGCAUUUGAAACUGACUUUGCCGUUCAUCGUGAUCGAUGUGAAGAGAUCAGCCACGGUGGUAUGGAUCUUGCCGAUUCCAAAAACCAUCAUGCGGACAGCAUUAUGCAGCGUUGCCAACAACUCCAGAUUAAGUUGGACAAUUUAUCCGCUUUGGCCGCCAAACGCAAGUCUAAGCUGAUGGACAACUCGGCAUACUUGCAGUUCAUGUGGAAAGCUGAUGUGGUUGAGUCAUGGAUUGCCGACAAAGAAACGCACGUUCGAUCCGAAGAAUACGGAAGAGAUUUGUCUACUGUCCAGACUUUACUGACUAAACAAGAGACAUUUGACGCAGGAUUACACGCUUUUGAACAUGAGGGAAUACAGAAUAUCACUGCUCUUAAAGAUCAACUGAUUGCAGCCAAUCACGACCAAUCUGAAGCAAUAUUGAAACGACACAAUGAUGUUAUUACAAGAUGGCAAAAAUUGUUGGGUGAUUCAGAUGGUCGCAAACAACAAUUGUUGCGCAUGCAAAACCAAUUCCGUCAAAUCGAGGAACUUUACUUGACGUUUGCUAAGAAAGCAUCUGCAUUCAAUUCAUGGUUUGAAAACGCCGAAGAAGAUUUGACAGAUCCAGUACGAUGUAAUUCUAUUGAAGAAAUAAGAGCUCUACGUGAAGCACACGCACAAUUCCAAGCUUCUUUGACGUCGGCUCAAGCAGACUUUGAAGCCUUGGCUGCAUUGGACCAUCAAAUCAAAAGUUUCAACGUUGGCCCUAAUCCGUACACGUGGUUUACAAUGGAAGCUUUGGAAGACACAUGGAGAAACCUACAGAAAAUCAUUAAAGAGCGAGACAUUGAAUUGACAAAGGAAGCGCAAAGACAAGAUGAAAACGAUACAUUGAGAAAAGAAUUCGCCAAACAUGCCAACACAUUCCAUCAAUGGCUAACUGAAACUAGAACAUCUAUGAUGGAAGGUUCUGGAUCGUUAGAACAACAACUUGAAGCUAUUAAACGAAAGGCAACUGAAGUUCGCUCUCGUCGAUCAGAUUUGAAGAAAAUCGAAGACCUUGGGGCUAUUCUUGAAGAGCAUUUGAUUUUGGACAAUAGAUACACUGAACACAGUACCGUGGGUCUAGCGCAGCAGUGGGAUCAAUUGGACCAACUGGGCAUGAGAAUGCAACACAACCUCGAGCAACAAAUUCAGGCGAGAAAUCAAUCGGGCGUCAGCGAAGAUGCCCUGAAAGAAUUCUCGAUGAUGUUCAAACACUUUGACAAAGAUCGUUCUGGUCGACUCGAUAAAACAGAAUUUAAAUCAUGUCUCAGAGCUCUCGGCUACGAUCUACCGAUGGUUGAAGAAGGACAACCUGACCCCGAAUUCGAGGCCAUCCUUGAUGUCGUCGAUCCUAAUCGUGACGGUUAUGUAUCGCUACAAGAAUACAUGGCGUUCAUGAUCAGCAAAGAAACUGAAAACGUCCAGAGUUCAGAAGAAAUCGAAAACGCUUUCAGAGCCAUUACAGCGGGCGAUCGACCAUAUGUCACCAAAGAAGAACUAUACGCUAACCUUACUAAAGAUAUGGCCGACUAUUGUGUCAAUCGUAUGAAACCAUUCGUCGAUGCUAAAACCGAAAGGCCAAUUACUGGCGCACUAGAUUAUAUUGAGUUUACUAAAACACUUUUCCAAAAUUAAAUAAAUCAUCAUUAUACACGAUGAAACAUUUAAAAAACGCACGCAGCUACAUCAGAGUUUUUAGAAAUAUAUUUAUUUAUGUAUACCUAACUAAUUAUUAGCUUAAUAACUAUAAAUUAUUUAUUUGUGAGCAAUAUAAGUUUAACUUUCAUGUUUGAAUUUCACACGUUAAUUGAUAAAAAAAGUUUUAUUUUUUAUUUGAGUGUUAAACAUUUUUAUAAAUGUGGGUAGAUUUUUUUCCAAAAUGUAUUUUUGUGUUAAAACAUUUUAUUUUGCUUUGAAAUUUAACUACCUAUGUGUAUUAACAACAUUUUUAUUUUAUUUAUUUUUAUUUUAACAAAUAUUUAAGAGAAUUUUAUUAUUAUAUUUAUUGAAUCGCUUGUGCUUUGUGAGUUUUAGCGAUUUUGUUUUUAUUUAUUUUUCACAAUAAAACUCGUCAAGUAUAAUCACA